CCUCAGCGUCACAGGUUCUAAGAUCAACAUGGGGUACAAGCUAUUUGUGUUGUUGUGUGUGAUGGCUUGUGCUUGGGCACAGGACACCACAGACGUGCCCGAGACCACUGAAGCCAGCACCACCAGUACCACCACACAGGUCCCCAUCCUGCGACAGAUCAACGAAGUCAACGAGGACGGGACCUACACCUACGGCUUCGAGGCCGCCGACGGAACCUUCAAGCUAGAGACCCGCGACGAGAACGGCAACGUCAAGGGCAAGUACGGCUUCCUGGACGAGUUCGGAGAGCUCAAGAUCGUCGAGUACAGCGCCGGGAACGAGACGGGCUUUGCGCCCACGUCCGAUCUCCUGCCCAAGCCUGUGCCCGUCCCUGAGGUUCCUCAGAUUCCCCAGCAGCUGCCGAACAUCCCCACUCUCCCGAGGCCCCAGUUCAACCCACAGCGGGUGCCACAGCCCCAACCUCAGCCCCAAUUCGCUCCCCGCCCACAGCCCCAAUUCGCUCCUCGCCCACAGCCCCAAUUCGCUCCCCGCCCACAGCCUCAGCCACAGCCCCAGUUCGUUCCCCGCCCACAGCCGCAACCCCAGUUUGUUCCACGACCCCAGCCCCAGUUCGCUCCCCAACCUCAGCCCCAAUUCGUGCCUCGCCCCCAACAGCCCCAGUUCGUGCCCCAGCAGUUCAGACCCCAGCCCCAAGUGCCUCAGCGCCCAAUCAACGUGGAACUUGACGGCUUCUCAGAAGACACGAACCAAGAUGGCUUCGUCGACGGCUCUCCCGAGGAGGCUGCCAAGGGAAAGCCUGUGGUGCCUUCAGGAACUUCAUUCCUCCCAGCUGGUACCUCCUCCCUCCCAGCACCUCAGCCUGUACAGCCUCGCCCUCAGCCGCAGUUCGUACCUCAGCAGAUCCCACAGGGAUUUAACAGGUUCGUUCCCCGUCAGCCUCAGUUCACCCCGCAACUGACAGCCCAGCAGAUCCAGCAGUUGCAACAGCAACAGAUUUUGGCUGCUCAGCAGGGACAAGUCCCUCAGCAGUUCAUAGCUCCACAGUCUGCUCCACAACAGUUCGUACCCCAACAGUUCGCUCCUCAGCAGUUUGCUGGUCAGCGUUUUGUUCCCCAGCAGUUUGUCGGACAGCAGCAAUUUGUGCCUCAGCAGUUUGCCGGACAGCAGUUUGUGCCUCAGCAGAUUGCCCAACCUCAGUUCCGCCCCGUGGCCCCACCACAAGGUGCACCUGCAUCUGCACCUACACCUGCUGAGGCCUAAGUAAUCCGUCUUGUGAUAAUUUCUAUUUAUUACUUCCUUUUGGCCGAUAAAUGUCCCUUUUAGCGUUCAGAAAUUACUAUGGCUAUCUGUAUAUAGCAGUCCUUGUAAAACCAAAUGUAAAUAAAAUAAGAUUUUCUAUCAGAA